AUGCAAUUUUUUUCUCCUUCAACCUGUGCCCGCUCAGACGACUUCGUCAACGCUGUAUUACAGAGAAUUAUUGUCCAAGCGUCUUCAUCGUUGCUUAGCGCAGUGGCUGUGGCGCCGCUCGCUAUUCGGAAGGACCUUGGUUCGACCCCGUGCACCGCCCAACCCAGGCGCCUUGAGGAAUGGGUAGUGCUGAGUGCACGGGGACUAGGCACAUCUAUACUUGGCCUACACGAAUAUAUGAUUGAACGCCAGAAGUCUUUUGGAGCCCUCACCCACGACUCAGUAACGCGAGGAACAGUGAAAUACCUGUGGAGAGGCCCAAUGGGAAAUGUUAGACUCAAGGAUAGCUCCGUUGGUCUUCAUUUGAACCUUGAACAUCUUUGCACAUCAGCACUGUACGUUACAACCUAUGGCUUCGAAAAUCAUCUAAUCUAA